AUGGCAGUGAGAUCUGGAUUCUUUUGCAAAUAUGAAUUAAAGAGUGCUUUAAAUACCCAUCUUUUUACGGCCAUUUGUGAAGAUUUGGGAACAGAACAUAAAAGAUUAUUUCAUACGGAAGUACGCUGGCUCUCAAAAGAAAAUGUGUUAGUUAAAUUAUUUGAACUUAAAGUGAUUCGAUUUUUGGAAAUUCUAAACAAAACUGAAUUGUGUAUGGAACUCCGAAAGCCAAGUGUUCGAGUUGUGUUGGCCACAGUGUUAGACUGUGGUGUUGACUUACGUGGAGACUCGAACAUAAUUUAUCACUGGGAUGCUAUCGCUGCGUAUACUGAUAAACUGCUACUUUGGGAAUGUAAAAUUAUAACCUGCUUUCCCAUAUUGUUUGGAAUCCUGGAAGAAGCACUCUUUACGGAGGUCUUGAAGAAGACGGAUACUACGAAUAAACUAUCAAAUCAUCUGCAGCAUCUGACUAAUGAAUUCAAGUGCUACUUUCCUAGCUCAUGUGAUAAUAACAUUUACAGACUGGCAACAGAUAUUGUUCACAUUGCAUACACUUGUGUCCAAAAUUAA